AUGGAUCUCAAAGACAUUGUGUCGCAGUCCAGCUCAAAUAAUGGCGCUCGCCUGCACACUUCGUCGUCCACUACUCCUAAAAGUGGACUAAUAUCUCCCGACAGCUCGAUUGUCCAGGAUUCUAAUAACAAUAACAGCAAAAAAGGCCUCGAAAUGUCUAAUAACGAGUCUAUAACCUCCCCCAACAGAGGUUCUGCCAAUACACAUGCCCUGCAUAAUGAGAAUGUCAAAAAUCUGCCAUCUCCUGAACCAUCUCCUAAACCGUCACCUGAACCUGUCCCUACAAUUGCUGAAACUGUGACUCGUGAGCUUCCUCCUCUGCCAAGCCAGUUUAAAUUCGGCAGUGGAUCUUCUGUGUCAAGUUCAGUCUCUGCUGAACCGGCUCAAACCAGCAGUACUUCACGGUCUAUCCCUCUUAGUUCCAUUCUAGCUCAUAAAAGACAGCUCAGUGAACAGCCUUUACCCGACACUGUUCAUGAAAAGAAAGCUGUUCUCGAAGGACGACGAAGAUUACAGCCUAGGUCGCAGCAAAUGGGACAAGACCAACAACCUCCACUCCAGCAGCUUCCACAACAGCAACAGCAACAGCUGCCCCAUCUGCCACAGAAACAACGGCAACAACAGCAGCAUGUUCCACCACCACUACAAGUUGCAGCAGCUCCAGAAUUGCCUUAUUCCGAGCCUGAACACAGAGACUAUGGACACUCAACCACCCACACGUUACCUCAUCAGUACCCCUCACAACCUGUAAACUACUCGUCAUCAACUAACUCUAUACCCUCUGGGAACUCCAAUCCCGAGUCUGUAGCUUACUCUCAUUCAGAAACUCAGCCAGAAGAAACUUCUGAAGACGAUAAAGAAGAGUACCUGCCAAUAGCACCAUCCGGAACGGCCACUAUUCCUGUUAUGGCUCCUACCACAAUCUCUAGCACCAGUGUUUCCAGUCGAAGACAUGCCCAUAUUCUUUCUGAACAACGUCGUAGAGAGAAUAUCAACGGCGGUUUCAAACUGCUCAAAAAUGCUGUUCCGUUUUGCCAAGGAACACAGGAUUCUAAAGCCAUGAUCCUCAAAAAGGCCGUUGAAUAUAUCAACUCUCUGGAAUUAGAGAUUCAAUCACUUCGAUAUUCCAACUCAUCGACAGUGACUAAUUCCUCGUCUGCUACCUCUUCUCCUUCAAAUCCAAUGUAUAAUAUGAACACAUCUCGUCCAUCUCGGUCUCCUACCUCGGCCACUCUUCCACCUCCUCCUCCACCACCUCCUAGUGCUGUCCGUCCUGAACGAACUAUAUCUCAACCAAACCCAAAUCUACACCCCCCUCCUCCCCAACAGCAGAAUCACCACCAGCCACACCAACAACAACACCCUCAUCGACACCAGCAACCGGAAGACCAACAUCGCCAAACAGCCCAUCCAGGACCACCUCCUCGUCGACCUCCUCCUCCACCUCCACCACCUCAACGAUCUCCAACAGCCAUCCCCCUUGUACAGCCUCCACCUCUUCACGUUCACCAUCCACACCACCUUCACACUCAACCUGUGAUCCCUCCACAAGCGGUUCCUCAACGCUACGGAUCUGUAGCCCCCCCUCCUCCAACAUAUAAUUAUGCAUACAACGAGUCCAUUUCACGGCCCACCUCCACACCACCUACAACACGACCUCUACAGUCGCCUUCAAUCUCCACCAAACGCAACUUCAGUCUCCCCAACGAGAACUACACCAUUCCUCGACUGUCAUCCUCACCUGUCUCCCGGCCCUCAGGAGCCUUCACUCCACCUCCCCGCUCCUUCCCACUGCCACCCCCCUUAUAA